AUGUAUGAAACAAUUCGACCAAAAUUUGUACAUACAGCUGUUAAAUAUCUUGUCGAACAGGAACUAUAUAAAGGCGAAGGUAUCAUUAUAUCCGAUGAUUGGUUGAAUGAGUAUUCUAAUGAACGAGAAAAUUUCAUUAUUAAAGAUGAAGAUAAAAAAAUUGAUGCGAAUGAAAUCAUGAAGGAAUCAGAAUUUGAUGAUAAUGAUGCCAAUUGGAAUGAAUCCGAUGAUAAACCAAUCAAUCCAGUAGCUACCGAAACAUUAUUAAAUGAUGAGAUUGAAGAUCAGAAUGAUAUCGGUAUUAAAUUUGCUCCAGCAGAGAAUAAUAGACCAAUAUCAAUUUUGAUGGAUAUGAAAGUUGAUGAAUUAACAUUUCCAAAAAUUUAUUGUGGUAAACAAAGAAAAAUCAAAGAAAAUGUUAAAUUGACUUACGCUAAAAUUGCUAAGUCAGAAUUAAGAAUGUUCGAUCGAAGAUGUGGUAGAAUAUCGAAACUAUUUUUUACCUAUAAGAAAUUGCAAACGAGAAUGUUUUCAGAUGCUAUUUCAAUAACUCUAAGAAAAACCAAAAAUACAAAAAAUGUAACUGUUGCACAAAUGCUCAAUCGAGAUUAUGUCAAUGGAUUAAUACAUAAUGAUGACGCUUUCACAUUCUUGAGAUGUGAUCGAUCAUCACCAGCAUUCUGGGAACUGAAAAAAAAGGAACUUAUGGCCAUGAACAGGCAACUAGGUUGUGCUACAAUCUUUUUGACUUUAUCAGCAGCAGAAACAAAGUGGUCAGAACUUAUUGUAAUAUUGGCUAAAGUGUUGGAAAAUAAAGUCAUAACAUUAGAAGAAGCAGAGAAUAUGAGCUAUGAAAAGACGCGUGAUUUGAUAAGAAAAGAUCCUGUAACAUGUGUUCGUUAUUUUGAACAUAGAGUAAAAUGUCUAUGGGAAAUAUUAUCAGCUCCUUCUGGUCCAUUUCAAGGCUACGAACUAGAAGACAAAUAUGUCAGAAUUGAAUUUCAAGCUCGUGGUUCACCACAUGUUCAUGCCUUGAUAUGGUUAAAAAAUGCUCCAAAAUACGACAAAAAUAAACCUGAAUCAAUUAAAAAAUGUAUAGAAUUUAUUGAUAAACUGAUUUCAGUUAGUUCGAAACCAACACAAUUUUCUGAAGAACUUAUAAGUUUGCAACGUCAUAAACAUUCACAUACCUGUAAAAAAUAUGUGAACGGUUGUAUUAAAUGUCGUUUUGGUAUUCCAUAUUUUCCGAUGAGAGAAACUAUGAUUUUGGAACCAUUUAGUGACGGCGAAAAGUUAACUAAAAAAGAACGUGAAGAAAUAAGUAAAAAGAAAGAGAAUGUAAUGAAAGAACUUGAAAAGAUAUCAAAAGAUAUCGAUAAUUCAUUAACUUUUGAUGAAUUCUUGGUACGUAUUAAUAUGAAUGAAAAAGAAUAUAUUAAAAUGAUUCGAGCUGACUUAAAAAAAGCAAAGGUCUUCUUGAAACGUGCUCCAAAUGAAAUCCGAAUCAAUGCAUAUAAUCCACAAAUAAUGUCAUUACACAGAGCAAAUAUGGACAUUCAAUUCAUUCUUGAUCCUUAUGCAUGCUUAAAGUACUGUGUUGAAUACAUCAACAAAUCAGAAAAUGGCAUGUCUAAACUUCUACGAGAAGCAUUGAACGAGUUAAAAAAAGGCAAUAACACAGUCAGAGAACGUCUUAGAGUUAUUGCAAAUAAAUUUUUGAAUUCAAGUGAAAUUUCUGCACAAGAAGCUGUUUAUCAUAUUUUAAGUAUUCCACUUUCCAUCAGUAGCAGAAGUACUGUUUUUAUUGAUACAAACAGACCUGAAAAUAGAAUUUCUAUGCUCAAAUCAGAUGAAAUUCUUCAAAAAUUGGAGCCUGAUUCAAAAGAUGUGUUUGUUGAGGGCUUAAUUGAGAUGUAUGUUAAUAGACCUGACGAAAUGAAAAAUGUUUGUCUGGCUGAUUUUGCUUCGAUGUAUAAUAUUUCAAAGAAAAACACAGAUAAUGAUCAAAUUUUCGAAAAUUCUGAUGACGAAGGUAUCACUGAAAAUGAAAGUGAUAAUAAAACUGCUCCUAUGAAAAUGAAAAAUGGUAAGGGUUGGAUUAAAAAAAGGACAAAGAAAAAAAUCAUAAGAUACAGAUACUUUAAACUACAUCAAGAUCCUGAAAACUAUUAUAGAGAGCAGCUAAUGCUAUUUCUACCAUGGACUAAUGAAGAAGAAGAUCUUAUUCAUAUAAACCAUGAAGAGAGAUUUGAAUUGUAUAAAGAUAUAAUUCAACAAAAAAGAUCUGAAUAUAUUCAUCGUGAAGCUAAUG